AUGGCAGACGCGCAGACUACAGCCAGCCGGACCAGCUACCUCACGAAUGCAGUCGAGGCCCUAUUUGGGCAUGCUGGCUCAAGGGAAAUGGCCUCAAAAUGUGUCAACAAGACCCUCAAAUCUGGUUGGAAGCUGGUGACACAUGACAGCUCAGGGCACCUAGCCUCCAACAAGCCCUACCGGUUCAUGGUCCUUCGCUACUUCCAGUGGGCCGAGCUGGUGUCUAUGGGGAUCUUUGAGCAGCAGGUGACGCCCUCCACAUUAGCAGAAAUGCAGGGUGCUGACGGAAUUUGGCAUGUCGUCAUCCGUGAUUUCCGCUACAAGCCCGAAGGCGCACCUAAUGUGGUCAGCACAUAUUUCAGCACCCAUUUGGACCUUGUGUCUGCAGCGGUACAGGAAAAGUUCGAUCUGCUACAGGAGGACGACGACCCGCGGUUGAUUGAAGCUGCGCUUCAGGAAGAGGACUUCCGGCAACUGCUGGAGGACUAUUUUAUGACCGGCGACACCUCAAACGCGAAAUUUUACAAAACUCUCGCCACACUGAGCUGCUUGGGAAACUUGACUUUGCUUCACUUCUGCUGCGAACACGGAUUGUGCAAGUGCGUUGAGUUCCUUCUACAUGGGUAUUGCAGCCAGACGGCCGAACAUCCUUGGCUGCAGCUUGCUGAUCCCUUGUGGCAGGAGCGCACUUGGGGAAAUAAUGCGUUCUCCAUUGCAGCAUACAGAGGUGAUGAGAAGCUCCUGCAAAUCCUGUGGGCCUGGGCAGAACAGCAUGACCGGGUUGGCCGCGUGACGCAGUCGAGGACGAAAAGCAAUCAGAGUCUUAUAGAGAUCAUUGAGGAGCGACUGCGAAAAGGUGGGUCCAAGGGAAAUCCCAGAGCAGCUUUCAAUGUAAUUGCCCCAGCUUUCAACAGAAGCAUGUUGGAUGCCGGCAUCCAAAUCCAGAGCAGCACACCGGAGUUGCCGAAGUUGGUUAUCGAUGCCAGCUUGGAACGGGAGAGCAGAUCAGCCACGACGCCGAACAGCCGGCAAAUGAUCCCUCUCCAGGCUUUCGAAAGCUCCGAGUUGUCACUGGCCUCCUUGGCACAAACACUCGAGGAAUGCUCCGGAAGAUUGGAAGGCAAGUCCCUUCUAAUCUUGAAUGCUUCUUUCAGCAGGGGCACAGAAGACGACAUGGACCGCUUGAUGAAAGCAGUCAGCUCCUGCUACCGCGUCGCUGUCAAAGGUUGCAGCUCAAGCCCGGAGACCUGCAUAGGCCUCGGGCGUGCUGUCGUAAAGAGGCUACAUGAAGAUCCACCUCCGUCAUGGAGGUCCAUCGAUCUUCUCCCUCAGUGGAACGAAGCCCCAUCCAGGUCGUCACCUGUGCUCACAGAGUUCGCAGACACCCUGGAAGCCCUCCUUCACGCUGGCCUGAACUCGCGGAACUUGGACUUCCAGUUUGAGCUACCUGCGCGGGCUGGUCGCUACCUGCCAGAGGACAGAUUCGCGCUGAGGGGACUGGCCAAGCUCGCUUUCACGCCGAAGAGGCUUGCUUACAGCUUGAUCGAGAACCCAAGCCGUAACAAGCAGCUCGAAAGGAAUCUCUUGGCCAAUUUCAAGGCAUUCAACCCACUCCUUUGUGCUCCAGCUUACCUGGAGCGAGUGCUGCUCCCCAAGGAAAUCCUCCUGAAAGUCUCGGAAGUUGAGCCAGCCUUGAACGCGUCAUGGGUGAACUUCGUCGAGCGCAUCGUGCAGAUCUGGAUGGGACAGGUCGCAGCGCUACCACAGUGGGCAAUGACUUUGCAGUUUCCUGCUGCCAGAAAGCAGUGGGUCCUGGGCCAGAUAGUACAGAUGGUGGAUGGAGCCGUUCUUCAUUUCGCCAAGAUGCGGCCCCGAAAGACUCGCCCCGGGCUGUCUGGCAUGAUCCCUGCUCUCCACCGCGCUCUGGAGAAAUCUCCAGGAUGGCCGAACAUGCUCCCCAAGACGGCGAACUAUCUCCAAUCCGUCGGAUGUGCAGCAAAUGUGCAACAUCCCGAGCACGUUGCGGGGGCAACUCCGACAGCCCCAGUUGGAUCAGAACCUCUCGAGCCUGGGGAGGUUUCUGCUGAAGCAAGGCCGGAUGCUGUCGAGACGUCGGCGCAAAGUUCAGAUUGGGUGCUGCUCACCUUCAAAGGCAGUACCAACGUGAUCCGCUCGACCCUGCUACACGACCCGACAGAGGAGCAGGAUCUCCUGAUGCUUCGGCAGGCCGCCCAAGAAGCCGAGGACGUUGAGGACCUGAGCUGGACCAGAGGAGCUGUGCUACUUCUACCAGCCACGGACUUCGAGAUCGCGAAGAAGAUCCUGGAGCAGUGUGAUGAUGAGCCUUCGCAUAGGCGCAACCAGGUGCUCACGCAGGUCUCCUUCGAAGGGCUGGUGGUGAAGGUCUUGACGCAACUUCCCUGCAGGAAGCGGCCGAAGCUGGCAGGUCGUUCCCGGACAACGGCCUCCUCCUGCGACGAGGCACCAGCGAGACAGUUCGCCUCUUCCGCCAACUGCGCCCCGCUUCCGGAACUGCCGUCGGUGGAGCUGAAGGAGCGAGUGGUUGUGAAGCGAACCUUCCUUGACAUCCAGGGCGACACGGCAAGCGAGAACAGUCUGGUGACCCAAACAACAGGCGCGCGGUUGCUGAUAAAUCCCCGGCGCAAGCUGGGCCGUGAAAUUCACUAA